AUGGCGUCUUUUCAUCCCUUGAUGGUCCUGCUGGUCAUGGUAAUUACUUGGCAUUUGGCUGACUGCAAUAGAGACACAACAAAAACAAGCCAUUACAGAAUACCAGAACAACCAAUAUUACCUCCUCAAUUUACUACUACUGGCUAUCAGUCCCUCCUCCCUAUUCCCAAACCUCCAUCAUCUCCUCAUAAACUACCUCAUAUUCCAGACCAUCCCUGGCCAAUGAAACCACCUACCCAUAAACCUCCAACUCCGUCGUCAAAUUAUUUAGUGAAACCGCCGCCCAUACAGAAGCCUACACCAGCUCCGCACCAUCCAUCACCUCCACAUGGGAAGUCACCACCUCCACUCAUUUACUAG